AUGUCGGGAAUGUCUGGCAUGUCUGGCAUCUCGGUUGUCUCGGCUGCAUCAUACACAUCGUACGGCUCUUCGCGACCUACAUCAUCCUCACAAGCACAGAUUCCUAUGCCACCCAGUCCGACAACGGCGGAUAUCCCCAGGCAGCUCAAGGGCAAGAAGGGCCGCCGCGGGAUCUUUGGCAAGAAGCGCAAGGAUGACGUUGAGAUCCCGGCUGCUUGGAGGCUAGCUCAUGGAAGCAGCGAGAACUUGGAGGGAUACAAUUUCGGGCCCCUGACUCGGGGUGGUCAGGUACCGGAUCUGUGGGACCCCACGGGUGAUACGCUGGUAUUUUUAGCACCCAGGAAUGCAGCAAAGUCGGUCGCACCGAGCUUUAGGAUCAAUUCGGGUCCGCUGAUGUUUGCUGCGCUCGGUCAGUAUAUCGAGGAUUUGCAAUUUUCUGAAGGCCCUGAGGACUCGCAGGAUCUGUUUUUGGAGGUUCCAAGGGGCGUUCCUUCGGCCCCUUUCAAGCAGGAUAACAGGCCGGGAAGUGCGCCAACGUCAUCGCGCCCAGGGGGAGAUGAGGAUCUAUCCGGUCAACCGGGCAUUCUCAACCAGUUAGCUCAAACAGGGGAGGGGGACAGUUUCAUGGACCAAAAUGUCGCGUACAAGGUCUACUAUCCGCCGACCGACUCGGAGCCGAAAGCUGCUCUUCCCAUGAAGGGGAAGAAGCACAAGCAUUCAAACUCGGAUCCUAACAAUGACUCGUUUCAGAGGCUCAUCGACGUCCGAAACUUGUUUGCGUUUCUCAAUUACACAUUCCUUGUCUCUACGCUGCAUAGGGAAACCCCUUUUCAGAUUAUGGAAAAGAUAUUCAAGCAGCUACAGGGACCCCAUUCGCCAGAAUUGCAUGCUGAGGACCUGAACCUGUCAAGGAAGAUCAACGCGGCGGAGGGAAAUUUCUUGUAUUACGUUGAGGAGUUGAAGAUUGAUGACAUCCGAAAUGAUGAUGACGCGAUUAUCGAGGCUUUGAUAAUGGGCGAGCGCUGGAGGUGCCAGAGGUUGUACAGGGAGGGAUUCAUCCAUGCAAGCGGUAGAUGGGAGGAUAUUAAGGGUCAUACGGGACUGCAAUAUAUCUCCCAGGAAACAAAGAAACGCCUGGAUCGUGCCUCGCUCAAUCUGCACCAGAUUCGCUUGUACAAUGUUACGACUGGGCUGACUAAUUUCGACUACCCGUCCGUGUGGGUUGGUGAUGACAAGUACCCUGAAUUGAAGCCCUGGAAGGCAGGAUUCGAGGCCAUGAGGAAACUUACGCUGAGCUUUUACAAGAAUGUUUACGGGUCAUGGCCACCAAAGGCUGGGAAGCAUGGAAAGGGAGGUGGAUAUACUGAGACCGGUGGUCUGAACAGGCUGGUGCUGAAACGGCUUUAUGAUGAUUUCUGUGUUUUGUACGACUUGUUGGUGGAUCGCGAGUGGAUCCACGGUGAGAGGAUUCGCUUUGAGGCUACCUAUUUCUCUGAGGGUGAAGAAGGGAAGGAGCAGAGGACAAAGGAGGAGGGCGCGCGGAAUGCAUUGAGGAAGAUUAUGGCGGCUCUGGAUAACUCCACUGUCCCUGUUCAGCCCAACAUUCCGUUCGAUCAGCCUCGCCUGCUGCACAUCACAGCAGCGCCUGCCACUGAGAAAAAAAAGUCAAAGAAGCCAAGAUCGCAGAAGAAGUUGAAGUCGGACGAGCUGGCGGUGGUGUUGAAGAACUCAUACAACGAGGAUACUGUCGAACGGGCAAGACAGAAUGAAUUUGCUAGCGCUUACCUGAAACUUGAGGCAGAUUUCGCGAAAGGAAAGAACUUGGAUGAUAUCAUUGAGGCCCGCAGGGGAAGGUGGAUUUUCAUGUAUUGUGUUCUCCAGAACCUUCCGAUGACGGUUGUUGAUGCUGUUGGUUGCCAGUAUGGAGAUGGCGUUGAGUACUUCCUAUGUGAAAACGUCAAGGGGUCUCUGCCAUGGGAGAGGAGCAACAACAGGGCCAGCCGGAUGAGUGGAAUCUGGGGAGUUUCAGGGCCAUAUGGAGGUCUCGGUCCCGCGGGAUCCUCGAGCAAUCUUAACGGCGACGACGAGAUAGAUUACACCUACCGACGCAGUCAUUGUUUCGACAUUGCCGAGGACUGGAGGAUGGUUCAGCGAGUACCUGGCGCUGAUGAUGAGUUUGAUACGGAUGGGGAGUCUGGCGGAUUGAGUCCGGCGCCAUUCAGACAGAGUUAUCCGAAUAGCGAGAGGAGCCAGUCGCAGUCUCCCGAGAUCAACCCUGAGGGCGGAUAUGUCCCAUAUCAUCAGCAGGGGGCGGUCCAGUCUCGAGAGAACAUCCUUUCCGAGACUUACCAGCCAACAUAUAGGCCUCUGACAUAUAUGCCCGCAGCACCCUCAGAAAGCGAGCGCCCGCAGAGCUAUGGAUCGCACAAGUCUCAGGGUUCACAAGACGCAUCCACAGUCAAAGCCUUGCCCCCUCUUGAUUUCGAGGGCCCAGCUCCGGGAAGCAGGAAAAACUCGACAGUAGUCAUGCUCCCCAUGAGCCCUACCCACCAGGACGAUUCACCGGGUACUAGCAUCGAGUCGCAGAUGGACAGGGCCUUUGCUGGGCAGAAUUAG